AUGGUAAAUGUGUCAAAAAUAGUUCGAAAUUUCUCCGCCAGUCUUCACUGCACCUUUUGAAGUUUGUUGAUAGAAAUAACUAGGCAUAAAACAGUUUGUUGCAAGCGUUUUGUUCAGAAAAACUUGAAUCAAAAAUGUCUGAAGUGGCCGAAGAAGAGAAUCCAACCGCUGUAACAACGAUUCGGGAAACUGUGAAAGAAAACAUUCGAAUCGCUCGAUUAAGACAUCGUCAAGAUGAGCUUGAUAACUUGCGUAUUACACACGGCGAUCCUGAAGAUGAUUCGAUCAACUUGCAAACGUUUACGAAAAACGAUGUGCUGGAUAUUGCGAACAAAAUCAAGAAACAACGGCAUGCAUCGACAACGGAUCUGUUGAAAUUAUGUCAUGCAUUUCUUCAGAGUAUCGACAACAUCAACUGUUUUGUUAAUACAACCGGUGCCGUGCCGGUCAUUGUCAAGGAAAUGACAGGGAAAAAAACGGAAACACAAAUGCUGGCCAUUGAAUGUCUGUGCAAUUUGUCUCUUGGUUCAGAGGACACAUCAGAGAAAGUAGCACAGAAGGCAGGCACUUAUUUGCAUACAUUUUUACAGAGUUCCAACGAAUCAAUCGUUAGAACUUCAUUGUGGUGUUUAACCAAUUUGAUUGUUGCUGGGAAAAAACCGUUGAAAAUUAUGAUUAGUCAAGAAAUAAUCAGUGCAUUGAUCAAUGUCACGCUUUCAAUUCACAACCGAAAUCUGACCGAUGAGUCAUAUGUUGCAAUUGAAUUGAUUCUGGAUCAUGGCGGUGUACCAAGGCCAUCAGAUAUUGAAACACUGUGUGCGAAGUGGAUUUUGCAUCAAGAAGCGCCACUCGAUUUGGGAAAAACAAAAAUCGUCUAUAAAUUGUUGAAUUUGCUUGAGUUUAAGUCCAACGAUGCAAUCGAAAUGGAUAAGUUGGUGUAUAUUUGUUUCGGAACGCUUCUUAACCUGUAUGAUGUCACGUCGUCUUCUCCGCCGGCACCAUCGGAGUCUAGAGAAUUUCUUCAUCAAGUCGUUCUUCUCAUGCGGAUUUGUUCGAAUCUUGUGGCGCUGGAAAAUUCGUAUGCUGACUACAUCAUCGACAAUUGGUUUAGAACACAGUCUCGUUCGUUAGCUACCUUUUUCAAUUACUUCAUCAAACAAAUGGCUGCAACGAAUCUUUCGAUCGAAGAAAUCUAUUGGUUUAUCGGCAAUCUAAUGAAAUGCCAACUCAGUGAUACCACGCUAAAAUACGUGGAAACUGAUGAAUUUUUUGCCAAAAUCCAAAUGGAGGUGUGAUGAAAAUGUAAAAAUUACUUAAACAAUUCGAAAAAUUGUAACAAAAAACUGCGAAAAAUAAAUGAAAAAGAAAAUUUUUAUUUAAAAAAAA